AUGCAUAAAAUUACUUAAAGAUUUAUAAUAGAAAUACCAGAACAUGAAUACUUAAAUGGAAAGGUAUUCUAUUUAAUAAGAACAACAAAUAUAGAAAUGAAUAGUACAAAAGAAGUGAAAAAGAGAUAUUCAGAAUUAGAGUUGAUUCAUUAAAAAAUACUAGAUUGGAUUAAUAUUUUUAAAAUAAAAAUUCCAUAACUCUAAUUUCCAAAAAAAAAAAUUCUUUUCUCAACUAAUAUAUCAGAAGAAAGUAUUAUAAAAAGGGUAUUUUAAAUAUAUCUAUUAAAGAGAUUGGAAUUAUAAAUAUACUUAAAUGAGGUAUUCUAACAUUAGGAUCUUCAUGGAUUAGGAGCACUUUAAGAAUUUAUACCUAUUAUUAAGAAACCUAAUGUAUAAGAAUCAAAAAAUACAAAAUCUAAUAUAAAUUGGUCAGAAAUUGAAGAAUUAAAAAAAUCAUAUUUAGCCAAACAUGAAAAUGAAGUAUUUUCUUUGCCUUAAUCAAAAUAAUUCAAUUAAAAUAAGUAAUAUUUAAUUUUAUUGUAGAUAAUAAUAUACAUUUAAAUUUGAAGAUCAUAAAAUAUAUGAUAAUUCUGCAAUCUAUAUAAUUUAAAUUGAUGAUCAAUUGACAGGCAAAAAUUGGAAAUUUAGUUAAAGAUAUAAAGAUUUAAGAGAAUAUAAUCAUUAAUUAAAGAAAUAAAAAUUCUAAUUUGAAUUACCUGAAUUUCCAGAAAAGAAAUUUAUAAAUUUAGAUGAUGAUUAUGAUUUAUCAGAGAGAAAAAAAGAAUUAGAGAAUUAUUUAAAUUCAAUUUUUAAGUAUAUAAUAUUUAAUAUAAUUUAGAUAUACAGAAAUAGUUUAAAAUGAUAUUAUGGUAUUCUUUAUUGCUAAAAGUUAAUUAAAUUGUAAUGAAAUUGGUUGCAAAUCUAAUAAUUAAACAAAAAAUACUUUAGAAUUUUCAAGAAUAAAAAGUAAAUCCAAUAUAAUAUCUCCAAAUAUUGAAUAAGAUUUGAAAAUAUCUAGAAAAAUAACUUGUUGA